AAUCAGAUGCUCUCGUGCGGAAGUCAACGUAAACGUCAUGUCAAAUUUUCUGCGAUAUAUUGAUUCAUGCUAUCCCCCAGAAAAUACUUUACUAGGAGGACAAAAAUACCAACCUACAACAUUGAAACCAUUUCGUGCAACACUGUUGGCGGAGCAGAGUAGUAGCCUACAGUAAUAAUGUUUCUCUAGCCAGAAUUCACUACUGCAAUGGAGGUCGAGGUGGACGUAAUAGAGUUCAGGGUACCCAUUGAAAAUAACAAAACACUGUUUGUCUGGAAUAUUCUAUCCACAUUUUCAGACGCGUUUAUUUACGAAUCCAUCUGGAACAUAUUCUGCAACUUUGGACCGCUGUAUCUGGUAAAGGUGUGUCCCAAUGCUGCCGGGGUCGAGCCAGGGUUCUAUGCCCUAGUCAAGUACUUCUCCGCAGCCCAGGCAUCUAAAGCACAGAAAGCCACACAUGGAAGAGGCUUUUUCCAGAGCUCUCCUUUGAAGGUAAAGCUGAGCACAAAGCAGUACCCAAACUUCCUUCACAACUCUAAGCCACUGAGCCGUAGCAAGUGUCAGGACUUGGCCAACCACUACCUGGGUUUUAAUGGAUGGAGCACCCACAUUGUUACACUGAAGGACAUCUCCAACUGUGACGAUGCCGGCAGGUUGUCCACCACAACUGGUGACCCUCAGGAGAUUACCCUGAAGUACGGCUGCAUCAUGGAUGUCACCUUCCCACAGCAUGGCCUUAGCUGCCGAGGCGUCGGAGUGGCUGAAGAGACCGUAGAGGGCACCGGUCCAGACGUUGUCCUGCCAAAAAGAGGAAAGCUCCAGAGAUGGGCCAGGGACAAAGCAGUGGUUGACGCUUUCGAGAAGGUGUUGCUGCUGGUUCUGGGAAAUGGGAAAGUUGUAGUUGAAUGCAGGGUGGAGCGAGAUGAUGUCCUACAAGAUGAGGAUCUGAAAGGACUCAUAAAGGUAAAUGACAUUCCCUGGAGCCAAUUUGACCCUGAUGGCCAGGAGGAAAAUGAGGAUAUACCGUGGGACCUCAGUGUCAACAUGUGACAUGUACCUGGAGACAGUUUAUCUGUGUUCACUUGCACUCACUGUGUUUUAAGUCGGUGCCAUUGAACAACUUUGCAUUUCCCGUUAAACAUUUUUCAGGUACAUUCUUUUAAAAAGUAUGUCAUGUUUUGUGGAAAAUACCUUUUGUAAACUAUAUCUUGAUGUACUACUACUGCAUAUAAUGUGCUUUUGAAAUUCCGUAAAUGUUUAGGAACUUUUUGACAAUUCAAUAUUUUAAUAAAAACACAAGUUGUUCGUUCCUAA